AUGUCUACUUCUACUGGAAAAACAAUUUCACUUCCUACAAUCAAUGAAGUUGAAGGAUAUAAGACAAUGGAGGGUCUAAUAAAUUUUUUACGUGACCAAAAUAUAGGACUUGAAGACAAGCAUUUCAAUAUUCUUCAUGAACAAGAAGUUGAUGAUAAAACUUUCCUCAGACUGAACAUGGAUAAAUUAAUGAAAGCUAAUGUAAAACUAGGACUAGCUGAAAAAAUCUCAGGAUUGAUUGAAAAAAUCAAGGGUGAAGGACAGAUUAUUUAUUACCUUGUUAUUUCAUCUAUAGACAUACUGAGUUCUCGGGAGCAGACAUUGUAUAAUGAGCGACAUUUUUCCGACUUGGAUAACUAUGAAGAAGAACAGCAAAAAAACGUAAAGAAGAUUCAGAAUUAUCCUGUUCCAUCAACUUUUGCACUUUUUAAUAAUUUUAUAGAUUAUCAAACUAAGAACCAGCAGUUAUUUAUUCACUGUCCUUCAGAAUGUGUUGGUCCACCAGUACAAGUUUACCAUAACAUUUUCAAUCAGUUCCUGCAUGAUUACCAUAAUGAAGAGCUAGAAAUAGAAAAAAAACAUUAUAAUUGGACCCUUGAGUUUAUUCACGAAAUGGCAGAAAUAUACUGGAGUGAACUUAAAUGUCAGCAAGUGUUUAACGAAAAAAUUCAUAAACUAUUCGAUGAAGAAUUAAAAGUAAUUUAUUUAGAUGAUAAUUAUUCAAAUGAUGGAAUGAAAAAUGAAAUUGGUACUGGUGGCUGUGAUCCAACUGUCCAGGCUGAGGCUUCUUAUACAAAAUAUUAUACCCAAAAGAAAAAUGGGAAAAUGCUCCAAUGGUGCAACUGGCCAUUUUUUCUUUUAUGCUUGGCUGGACCUUGGGUGUGUAUUUUAGGGGCUGUAUAUGUUGAGAAACCCAUUAUAGAUCCUUUGACAGACUUCAUACCUCUCAUUUCUACAAACGAUCGAGCUCACACAGAGCGAGUGGCAUGGCUUUUCAAAGCCUUGCACUUGGGAGUUAAUAAGUUAACAGAGUAUUAUGGAUCAUUAGAUGCGCCUACAGAUCCACAAAAUUCGCAUCGAUUUUUUCCCUAUCUGAAUCAAUACGAACAACAGAAUACAAUCAUGGAAUUUAUAUAUGAGAGAAAACUUGUGGAUCAACCCAACAAGCUUCUUUGGAAAGCUAUAACAAAAGAGGCAGAAAAUUAUUUGGUGGAUAGAUUUUACAUAGUAGUUAUAGAUUAUGUUGAGGCUGAGCAACUUUAUGAGUGCAACUCACUUAGUCAUGAUGAAUAUAAAGCAGUUUUUAAAGACAUUAAAGAAGCUAUCGACAAACUGCAUAAGAAAAAUAUUGUCUUUGCUGAUCUCCGUGAUUCCAACAUUUUGGUUAACAAAUCUCAAGGCCAAUAUCGAGGAAUGGAAUUAAAUGCCAAGCUCUUAGCUGAGAUUUGUGAGCUUAGGAAGAAGGUUGUUGAGGAUGAGGUUGAGAAAACAAAACUGAGACAGGAGCUUAAGGCUAGAACUGAUGAGCUGAAGGAAACUAUAUCACAUUAUUCAGUUGAGAUUGGCAAACUUAAUGCCAUAAUUGUGGAACUAGAGAAAAAUAAGACAGUUACAGCUAAACUCGAGUCUGAAAAUGCAAAGUUUAGAGAUAGAAUCACAAAAGUAGAGCAGAGGCAGAUGCUAAGUAAUAAUGUUUCUAAGUUACCUAUGGAAAUGGAUACUUCAUUACCUGAAGAAUCAAUACCGGAAGGGUUACCAGAGCCAGCUGUUAAUAUAUCUGUUAUGGACCAAUAUGAUCAGACAUUCUUGGAAAAUAAGAAAACAGAUUCUUUCUUGAAUGAGGUGCAUAAGAAAAAGGAUAUUUCUUCUGUGAAGAGUCAUGAUGAUCGGAGCAGUUUGGAAAAUUUGGUAAAAAAUGGAACCUCCAUCACGAAUCGUGACGAUCGGCAAAAAAAUAUUUCAGUCAUUACUACAUCUCAGAAAAAUAAUAAUGAUAACAUUGAGUUCACUAAAAGUCAGGCUACAGAACAGAUACCUUUGGUGUCACAUCCAUCAUCAUCUCUAGAUACGUUGCAAAACUUAGUCUAUUUAUUCCAGAAUGCAAUACAAGCUGGACACGAGAUGAUCUUAUUUUGGCUCUAUUAUUUAAAUAGUUUUGAAAAUAAAGUUGAUGAGAUUCGCCAUAACACUGGGGCUUCAGAUAAAACAACUAGAUCGCAAAUAUACAAAGAAAUGCUAGAGCAUCUACUCAGCAUCACAUUGGGAAACUUGUGUAUGAGAACCCUAUAUGCUAAAAAAAUCCAUAUGUUAUUCGGAGAAGGUGGAGUGGGAAUAGAUAAGGUUAAGCAGGUUACUUUUAGUAUUUAUAACAUUUCAAGCCUUACUAUUAAUCAAAUUCAAAGUGUUAUCAAGAAUGUGACUUUGGCAGGAAGGAUACUAGAGGUACCAAAUUGUAAUUAUGUGACUUCUGUCACAAAUCGUGAUGAUCAGAUUAAUGCUCCUUUGAUUCUAGCUGAGGUAACCACAUUUCAUGUCUUCAAUUCAAAAGAUAAG